UGUUAUAACCUUAUUUUAUUCUUGACAUUUAUUAAAUUUUCUUUUAAAUAUAUUUGUUUUUUAUUUGUAAUUAGUAAGUAUAUAAGUACGAAAUGUUUUAUAGCAGCUGUGUAGUGUGAAAUAAAAUUCAAGUUUCUUAUAAAAGCAGCUAAAAUGAAUGAUAUAAAAAAUACAGGUUUUACAAGUUACCUGGAUGAGAGCGAAUUAGAGUCGGUAACAUUAAGUGAUCUACAAAAAACAAAAUUAUUAGAUGGCGAAACUCUGGUAGCAGAGGCUCAAAAAGUACUUCUUUUCGCUCCUUUGAGCGACCAUAAGAGAGGAACAUUAGGCAUUUUAACAGUGACAACUUUUAAGCUUGCCUUUGCAUGUGCAAACGAGGAUGAUUAUGAAAGUUCAUACCAGCAAAACAUGCUUCUUGGUCCCUAUGAAGUUUGUUUAUCAUCAAUAGACACCAUUUAUCAAGUAGGAGAUAAGUCAAAAAAGAAACUUAUACCAGGACAAAAUGUAUCAGGGAAAAUUAAAGAAUUGUUAAUUAUUUGCAAGAAUAUGAGAACUUUUGAAUUCAGUUUUAAAGAUUCUGAUAAAGAUAGUGGUAGGACAAUAGCAAAUUCCUUACUUCACCAUGCAUUUCCUAAGCGACAUUCUCUUCUAUUUGCAUAUGAAUAUGCAGAACCUUAUUUUAAAAGUGGGAAGGAUGUUCGAACAUUUAGAAAACCAGAAGACUGGAGGCUCGAAAUGGAAAGAACGAGAUGUCAGUUGUGGAGAAUUUCCCUGUUGAAUCAGAACUUUGUUGUAUCCCCUACAUUAUGUGAGGCAUUUGUGGUUCCUUCCUCAGUAACGGAUAGUGGUCUUACAAAGGCAGUUGAACAUUUUAGAAAUAGAUCUUGUCCAGUCUGGGUGUGGAGUGCUCCCAGUGGAGCAGCGCUGGUACGUAUGUCGGACAUCCUUCCCACCAUCACAGAUAGGACGCAGGAGAAUGUAAUGUUGGAACAUGUUCGCAAAAGCCACGCAGAGAAGCGACAACCCCAUAUUAUGGAUUUAAGCAGGGAAUGUCCAACUCCAAAAGAAGUACAGUCCAGUUACAUGAAAUUGCGUGACCUCUGUGCUCCCGAAAACAUUAAAACAUUCAAAAUUCAAGACUACAAAUUUUGUGGCCUUCUAGAAAACACCAAAUGGUUACAGCAUGUAUCGACGUGUUUAACAAAAGCCGCCGAAGGAGCCGACCUUAUCUGCAACCCUGAACCUACCACUGUCGUUUUACAAGAAUACAGUGGCCAAGAUAUGAAUUGUGUAGUUUCCAGUCUAAUUCAGCUUCUCUUAGACUCGAACUGGAGAACUGUGUAUGGGUUUCAGACUUUGAUACAAAAAGAAUGGGUUGCUUUGGGUCACCCGUUUACAUAUAGACUCGGUCACAUUUUAAACCCUGAUAUUGAGGCAGCACCUUUAUUUUUGCUUUUCUUGGACUGUGUUUGGCAGCUGCUGCAGCAGUUUCCAACCGCGUUCCAGUUCACGGAGACUUACUUGACCACUCUGUGGGACUCUGCCCAUGUCACCGUUUUUGAUACAUUUUUAUUUAAUUGCGAACAUGAUCGAAGUAUAGCACGAACGGGUCCGAAUCCAUUGAUUCUACGUAGUGUAUGGGAUUGGAAGGAACAAUUCAACGACAAGGAUAUCGUGUUCUUUUGUAAUCCUUUAUUUGAUGAUUCAUUUACUCAACGAAUAAAGCCGAACACUUCAGUCGCAUAUAUGGAGGUGUGGCUUCAGUGUUACUUCCGGUGGCUUCCUGACCUGGAAAUUCCUCGGGGUGGUAAACCACAAAUUGAUAUUUGUAACCGAAUUGUAGCGUCCGAAAUUUACAUGAUACGCCAAAAAUUGUCGGACGGCAGCGUUAAUGGUAAUUUACCAUAUGCUAAGGACGAAUAUUUACAACUUAUGAAAAACAUUGGUAGUUUUUUCCCCUUCAGUCGGAAUAAUAUUCAAUCUACUGAUCUGUUUCCAAUAAAUAACUCUCUUUUGAACUCUUCUGAUAUGUUGGACACUCAGUCGAUAUUUAAUCAGAGUAUAGCAAAUGAGUAAUGAUUAGAGGAAACAAUUUGUGCGCAGGAGUUGAUGGUUUUUUUUAUUUUUUCAUCUUUUUGUCAUGUUUAUCUUUAAACUAAACUUUUUUAAAAGUUAAGAACUUUCCUUAUCGAGUACUAAAAACUGCUUGGAAAAGCAUCUCCACCCUUUCCUAUUCUGAUCGUGAGCCAAUCGUCGUAUUUCCCGAAUACUAGAAUAUCCCACAUCUUUCAACACUAAUCUAAUCUAGGUCUUCCUCUGACUUUAUAUAGUCCUGUUUCUGUUUCUAAUAUUCCUUUAAUUAACCUUUCAUGUCUCAGAAGGUGUUUUUAUUGCCUUCCAUAGCACCUUUUGCUUUCCUGAUCUUUCAAAUACUUCCAAUAUGGUAUAAAUAUUUAGUCGUGAAAUAUGAUUAUUGAUAAUAAUGAAUUUGUGAAAAAU